AUGUGUGACAGCCUGGAUGUUUGCAGAGAAAAACAACAAGCAGCAAAUCCAGGAAAACAGAUGCUCUUUGGUACUAAAGAUACUAUUGCCAAGCUUACAAAUGAAUAUAUCCAGGGAUUUCCAAGAGCGGCAGCCCGCGCGCGCGCGCGGACUAGCACUGCGGUCAUCUCGCUCGUGCGCGCGCACACGCACACGGCCGCUCAGUCCGCGCAGCAGCCGAGAGCUGAGGAGAGAAGCGGAGAGGACCGGCGCCUCCCAAGACGGCCGCAGAGCCCAGCCACCAUGAGUGAAAUUCCUAAGGACUCAUUGAAGGCCAUUCUGUUGGAGUUAGAAUGUCACUUCACAUGGAAUUUACUUAAGGAAGACAUUGAUCUGUUUGAUGUAGAAGAUACAAUUGGGCAACAGCUUGAAUUUCUUACCACAAAAUCCAGACUCACUCUUUAUAACCUGUUGGCCUAUGUGAAACACCUAAAGGGCCAAAAUAAAGAUGCUCUAGAGUGCUUGAAACAAGCAGAAGAAAUAAUACAACGAGAACACUCGGACAAAGAAGAAGUACGAAGUCUGGUCACUUGGGGAAACUAUGCCUGGGUUUAUUAUCACAUGGACCAGCUUAAAGAAGCUCAGAAGUAUAUAGACAAGGUAGGGAACGUCUGCAAGAAAUCGUCCAGUCCUUCCAACUACAAGUUGGAGUGUCCAGAGAUUGACUGUGAGAAAGGGUGGGCACUCUUGAAAUUUGGAGGAAAGUAUCACCAAAAGGCUAAAGCAGCUUUUGAGAAGGCUCUGGAAGCAGAACCCGGAAAUACACACACACAUUAUUCAUCCGAUAAUUAG